AGGACACGGCCGCACGACGGCAGGAGGACCGACGAGAGGACGAUCUGGGGGCACAGCAGGUGUCAACAGGAGAACACGUGGGAGGAGGCUGGCCAGAGCACACCAAGAGGACACGGAGGAGAAGGCUGGCCAGAGAACACCAAGAGGACACGGAGGAAAAGGCUGGCCAGAGAACACCAAGAGGACGCAGGCGGGACCGCUGACCUGAAGACGACAGUCGUGCGCGCGAGAGGUCGGUUUGGUGGGCAGACUGUGGUUGCGAGAUUUGCGAGCAGGCCCCUGCGCCUGGCCCUCUGGCGGAAACUCGGUGCCAUUUGUUUUCCGUCUCCCGAGAGAGACAGGGGGAGACGUGGAAGUCUGGGCGACCGGUCCAAAGAAGCGCCCUCCCCCCACACCGUUAGACUUUGCAGCUCCAAAGUGUACCGCUGGGUGCCACCCGGGCCGGCAUACGAAGAGGAAAGGCUGAUGGUGAGAUAGAGGCGCCAGAGCCGACGCACCUAUCCCAGGUGAACUGCCGUCCGAAAGCAUAUACGCCGAUCAGCUGCAGGGACAUGGAGCCGGCGGUUCCCUUCAGCACGAUGCCGGACUUGACCCUGCCGUGGCGAGGCGGCAUCAUCGCCGACGACAUGGUCAGCACGUUGGCCGCCCCCGUCAACAACUGCUCCAACAUCAACACUGACACCGCAGAAUGCAAUCUCACCUGCUGCAACUUUGGCAACGGCUGCAUCGUCGACUUCAGCAAGCGGGACCUUCACCCGUGGCGCGUGAUGCCGCCGUGGCAGCUGGCUCUCUUCGGUGUCGGAGUCGCCUGCGAGACUAUCCCGGGCAUCGUGGGCAACGUCUUCGUCAUCGCCAUCAUACUCAGCAACAGGCCGCUGGAGCCCCCAGAGCCCCCAGAGCCGCUCAGGCCGCUGGAGGCAUCGUGGCGCCCGGUGCCCCCGGGAUAG